UCCCUAUGACAGGACAACUAGCCUUCCUGACCUAGACUUUGAAUGCAUUUCCCUCAGCCUGGGUCACUGCUCUAAGACUCAUAGUCCACAUUGAGAAAGCUAUCUGGUGAAGAGCCAUUCAAAACUCCUGUAUUUCAAAGUUUUUCACCCAAGAUAAAGGAAUCCUUCUCUACUGUUGGUAAGAGUAUAAGUUGGUACAACUACUAUGGAAAUCAGUAUAGAGAUUCUUCAGAAAACUAAAACUAGAGGUUCCAUUCGCAUAUCUUCUAAGAACAACUACCUCCACCUAAGGAACCCUCCUCCUAAGGAGUUGGAGGCUCCCUUCCCUUCCUCUCUUUGCCCCGCCUACUUCCUUUGCAAGAACACUGAUCAGGAAGAAGUAUUCACUCAUAGAAGCUGCCGGGACACACAACUGUGAAGAAGGAAGGGUACCUCCGUGAGCAGAAGCAUACUCUCAAGAGACAAGGGCCUGUGUCCACUGUACCAAGCCUUAAACCUCCAUCUGCAAGACAUUCCAGCCUUCCAGAAAAAGAGGUUUCUGAAUUCCCUUCAUAAUGAACUGGCACAUGAUAAUCUCUGUUCUUAUCAUAGUGGUGCUUAAAACUGUUGGAGUGACCUUAUUUCUGCUGUAUUUCCCACAGACUUUUUGGAAAAGUAAUGAUGGCAUCAUUCCUACUGCGAGCCAUGGAACAGAUAGUGUACAUAAUGUCUCACAGAUCUUUGGAAGUAGUACUGAGAUCAUCAUUCCCACAAGGAACUACGGAACAGUCUGCCCCCCAUCCUGGCAGAACUUCCAUCAAACAAGCUGUUUCUUCUUAUCUACUUCCGAAUCAACCUGGAACAAUAGCAGGGAUGAUUGUGCAAAAAGAGGAUCCACUUUGGCAAUUGUCAACACACCAGGGAAACUGAGGUAUCUCCAAGACAAAGCUGAUGCUGAGAAUUAUUUUAUUGGCUUAAGAUAUCAGCCUGCAAUGAAAAAGUGGCACUGGAUCAACAAGUCUGUGUUCAAUGGCAAUGUUACCAACAAGGAACAGAACUUCAAUUGUGUCACCAUAGGCCUGUCAAGGACAUUUGAUGCUGCAUCAUGUGACGUCCCCUACCGCUGGAUCUGCGAGAUGAUUCUCAAAUGAUCACAGUCCUCUUUGACAAGAACUUAUAUAUUUACAGAGAUAACAAAAGAGAAUAGUUACAAUUGAGACUGGACCAGCAAAUCACUGUGUCAGCCUUCCACAGGUUGCUGGCAGAGCUCCCUAAGGAAUCCACAGGGCUAAUGCACCAUUCCAUUUCACAUGCAGACUUACAUACACACCACCAGAAAAACCUCCCAGUUCUCAGCCAGCCAUUACGCUAGACUACAUUUCCUGUGAGAGUUGAAAUGGACUUUGUGGAACCUCAUGGUUCACCAAUUUUGUGAUUCUUUUAUGUAUCUACCAGUAGAGGUCCUUACCUGUUUAGGAAAAUGAGCUUCUGUACUCUGCUUUAGGGAACUGGAUGCUAACCAUCUCCAGGAGGCAGUGCCAAUUUUACCGCAACAACACAGCUGAUACAAAAAUGAGGUCUGUUUCUAUAGACUGAGCAUUCCCCACUGAUCCACAGGGUCUAGCCUGUUGAAGUUUCUUUCAUCCACAGAGCACAUGAUCAUGUUAUCAGAGAGAAACUGCAGACUAGGCAGUUGUGAGCAUUAAAGGGCAGAAUCAGUAGGACAGGGAUGAACUCAGCCUCUGUGCUCUUUUCUCAGUUCCCAAGAGACCCCUAUUCACAUGCCUCCUCUGAAAGCUGAAAAAGCAGACGCUUUCUGUCUACAGUGGGGCCAAGACUUGAGGCAUUUUUGGCUCCUAGAACUGAGCUUGGAACAGAAAGAACAUUGCUGAUAGGAGUGGAGAAGGGUCCAGACAGGACAGGAAUCUGCUCAGAGAUCUCUCUGAAGAGAACCAGACAUCAAGAGUACUAAGCAAAGUAGAUCUCUGCUCUUCAACAAAGCUCCAACCAGACACUCAAACUAAAAAUUUCUUGCCCUGAUAUGAAACAUCAUGAUAGCAUGUAUAACUCAUUUGUAACCAAAAUUGGGGCAGGCAGAUUCACUUCCCUGUGCAGGUUUUGAUUAUGUGUUGAGUACAUUUUAAGAAUUAAGGAUAGUCUUUUAGACCUCAAUGGACACAAAAUAUUCCUACAUUCAGUAUUGGAGACCCUAACAACAGAUACUGAUCCAAAGAAGCCUUGCCAAAGAGUAGAAUCAUUGGGUAGAGGAAAAGAGUAGGCAUGGAAAAGAAAUACCCAGGACAAAGGGAAAUCAUAAAAGAAAUGGAGUCCAUUUGACCACAGUAGAUAAAAACACAAGAAAGUAGCAAAAUUCUUGGGACAACUUGGCUGUUUUCUGCACUGGCAAGAAGAUGUUAACUACACAUACACCUCAGGACACAAAAAAUACAAAAAAAAGACAUUCCCUUUUUGUCUUGAGUAACAAGAGUUAAAGCAUAGGAAUGGCUAUGUAAAACUAAUGGAAAUUAGAGUUGCAUAAGUACCUGUUUACUAUUUCCAUCAUUAAUAAUCUACUACAAAAUGAUGUCAUCAGUUGAAAUAAAUUGUGGUAAAAUUUA